AUGGGCGGUGAAUUCGCCCGAAGGAUCUAAACACACAUAUCGAUCUGUUUAUUAUUAACACUAAUGAGCAAAGUCGCCAUGUAUUCGUGAAGUUGAACAUAUUUUUGGAAGAAGAAGAAGCAGCUGAUACAAAACCCUGGUCACGUUAUUGGAUGUCGGUGUCAGUGUCAGAGUUUUGGCGCGCCUGUGUACGUAAACUGGGAGGACUGGGAGUCAUCAUCAAAGGAUGGCGAGCUGCACGCACGUUUUCCAGAUCUCUGGGAUCAAGAUCAGGGAGAAGAAGAGAGUUCUGGUGCACAGGAUCCAGCAGCUGGGUGGAAAAUACAUAGGAGGCUCAGUCUAUCAGCACGCCAGCACCCAUCUCAUAAUCCCUCAGGUUUUGUCCAGUGAGAAGUUUUUGGCUGCCUGUGCUGCAGGAAAGUGGGUGGUGACUCCAGAAUAUGUGCUAGACAGUUUUAAGAAUGGUUCCUGGCUCCCAGAGGGACCCUAUGAAGUCACCAUUUCCACCGGUGCCACGUCUUCCUUCUGCCCUGUCAGGCAGUGGAGGGAGAAGGUGGCCAGUGGGAGGCUAACUGGGGCCUUCCAGGGCUGGAGGGUUCUUCUAAUGGUCCAAGAGCCCACCCGCAGGGCCAUGUUCAAACGGCUCCUAAAAGCAGGCAGGGCCAAAGUGUAUCACUGCCCUCCUCCCUCUCACGCCUCCGUCACUCAUGUCAUGGCUAAACCCGUCACAGAGGACUCAAAAUCCCACAAUGCACCUUGCUACCCUGUAAGCCACAUUGUCCAGCACCUCUUUGGGAGCAAUUGUGUGGAUAUGAAGUUCAACAUAACGGAUGAUGAUCCAGCAGAAAUGAAGAAGGACCGUUUUGUUGAUGGGGACUUCUCUAAGCUGGAGACAGAGCUCCGGGACUACGUCAUCAAACAGGAGGGCCGGCCGAGAUUGUGCUUCCUUGAAUUUCUGGGUUACCAUGACCCGUACCGUCCACAGUCCCAGGCUACAGAAACAGACUUCAGCAAUGUUGAUAGUAUGUUAGAGUGCGGCCUCUUCAUUGAAGCCUUGGACUCUAUCAGAAGUGCCGUGUUCCCAGGCCUGCUGCCACCAGCGCCCUACCUGAUCUCCCUCUUAGAAUACGCACAGCAGGGUAACGCCACAUCUGUCUUCCUGAAGAAUUUCCAGCAGGUCUUGUCUAUCCUGCUUGUUACCAACCCUCCCUGGCUUGCUCCCAGCACAGUGAAAAAAUAUUUUACCCAGGUGUUGCAGUGUCCUCGGUGUAAAACGGGCCUGUGGCCUUUUCUAGAGACAGCCAUCAGUUACUGCCUGUCCAGUGAGGUCACUUGUCACCCGCUCCCUGGACCUGCCCUGCCAACACUGUUACAUUUCCAUCAUGACCUCCUGGCAUUUUUCUUCAAGCUCUUCCAGGGGGAACUCCACUCUAUCACCACUGGGGAUUUUGUGCUGCCGGAGGGAACAGGAGUCUCUCAGGCUUCAGCAUCCGAAUCUUUGCUGUACGGGACAUUCUGGACUGUGUGGGAGCGCUCCACGCUGUUGUCCCGAGCUGUGAAACAACUAACCCAGCUCUUGGUACAGGCUGUCGUUGAGGACUACGCUGAGAAGCAGAGGCUGCAUUUGGCUGACACCCUGCUGGACCUCCUAUCGGUGUUGGUGGAGUUCUGGUGUCAGCAGCACUUCAAGCUGAACCAGAACCUGGUGGAAAAGGGCCUAAAAGACCUCGCAGAGCACUUUGCUGUUAUCAGCCAGGAUGUGUCUCCGGUGGUUCUAGCAGAGCUGGUUGUCAGCAUCCGCUCUACCAGACUUAAGCUGGUGAUAGCAGAUGCCAUAUUCAGGAGUCUUUGCUGCAGAAAUGGAUUCACAGUUGGAGAUGAACACCUCUCUUUUAAGAAAAUGGUGCUGUCCUACCUGCCUGUUCUGGGAAGUUUAGCUCAGAGUCCCACCGGUGUUCGCCUCAGGACCGGACCCACCUCCCACAGCUGCACCAGCCAGGGGACCAGCUGCAGUGCUCAGAGCUCUUUGGUGAAUGAAACAAGCCCGGAGAAAGAGAACAUCCCCAGAGGUUUGAACAGAGUCAACGCAGCAGGAGAGACCCUCCUCCACAGAGCUUGCAAGAGGAACCAAGUGGAAACAGUGCUUCAGAUCCUGGCGCUUCCUGGCACGGACGUCAACGUUAAAGACCAUGCAGGCUGGACGCCUCUGCAUGAAGCGUGCAACCACGGCAGCACUGCGUGUGUGGAGGCUCUGCUACGUCACCACCCCGCCCCUGUGCUUAAUAACCAGGUGGGUGGAGUCAGCCCGCUGCAUGACGCCGUGCUAAAUGGACACAUGGACAUCACCAAAAUGCUACUGGAGCAUGCAGGCUCAGUUCUCCUGCAGCAGACUGAUGGAAACGGGCGGACUGCACUGGAUCUGGUCUCCGCAACAAGUCAGAGGGAGGAGCUCCUCCACAGCGCGCAUGUCGGAGACGCAGCCUUGAGAAAAAAACACUCGACCGGGGUCUUGAACCUGCCCCUCCUGGAGGCCGGAUCCUCUCUGCUGGCCCACCUCAUUUUCUCCUACAAGCAAGAGAGGGGCUUGCCAGGCCACGCGCAGCCCAGCGACAAGGCCCACAGCCUGGGCUACACGCUGGUCAGGGCCCUGGAGACGCACUCCCACCAAAAAGUGACUCUGGGCUGGACAGACCAGCGGGCGGUGAGGCUGGUGGAGGAUGCAGAGACCCUGCUGGAGCUCGGAAGGGGGAGUUACCUGGGGCAGGUGUCUCAGGCAGUGAAAGAGUGCAAAGGAGAGAAUACGCGGUUCCUAAUGGAGAUACUGGAGGAUCUCAAGUCUCGGGGGGGAGCGCUAGUGGCUGAUCUGUGACGCAGGAUCACUGGACAACACACCGAAAAAGACCCGAAUGUGAAACCAUUGAUUGAAACGCUAACAAAAGAGCAUCUUUGUCAGUUAUAAACAACUGUUAUUAUAUGAUCAUACAAUUCACCAAGGCCUUAAAUGUCUACACCAGCAACAAAACACCUUCAGGCCUCCACAAUAAUGCAGCCUUCUCCCAUCUUCCCAUGUGGGUAAUUGGGUAAGCAUGUGUUUUUGAAGUUAGCUGUGUUUUCAUUUUUACAUGGUUUGGAUAUAUUUCACUACUUUGUUUUAUAUUUCUCAGAUGGAAAAAUGUUUCUGAAAAAUGUAUUUAUGUUGAAUGUUCAUAGUUGCUUGUUUUUUAUGGCAAAACAAUCAUUUCUGUUUAGACUGUUACUACCUCAAACUCUUGUUUUCCACAGCCACUUUUCUUGAUGUUCAAAGAUAUUUUUUUUCAUGUUAACUAAUAUUUAUAAUAAAAUAAAAUGAAAA